AUGACUUUUGUCACUGAUGUUGGCGUUCAUCAUUUCGUGGCAUGGCUCCUGUUAAUGUCAAGUGGAAUUUCAACGAAAGUACUAGCGUUAGAGUAUCCAAAAAUUACGGAACAUCCGCUAGACGUCAUUGUACCUCGUCACGAGCCGGCAACACUCAACUGCAAAGCGGAAGGCAUCCCGGCACCAACAAUCACAUGGUUUAAAGAUGGUGAACCGAUUAAAGCCGAACCGGGAUCCCAUAAAAUUCUCCUGCCCGCUGGGGGUUUAUUUUUUCUGAAGGUCGUGCACUCACGUCGUGAGACUGAUGCGGGUGUUUAUUGGUGCGAAGCGACGAACGAGCUCGGCGUUGCCAGAAGUCACAAUGCAACGCUUCAAGUAUCAGUGCUCCGGGAAGAGUUUCGACUGGAACCACAAAAUACGCGGGUAGCGCAGGGCGAAACGGUGCUACUGGAAUGCGGACCACCGAGAGGUUCACCGGAACCAACAGUUUUCUGGCGGAAAAACGGACAAACUUUAGAUCUCUCCAGCUCCAAACGCAUCCGUAUCGUGGACGGUGGCAAUCUGGCGAUACAAGAUGCUCGCCAAUCAGACGACGGUCGUUAUCAGUGUGUGGCGAGGAAUGUGGUGGGAGUGCGCGAAUCCACCGUGGCCUUCCUGCGCGUACACGUGAAGCCAUUCCUAAUACGUGGGCCCCAGGAUCAGACCGUUGUGGCCGGCAGCUCCGUAGUGUUUCAGUGUCGGGUCGGAGGAGAACCACUGCCAGAUGUUCUGUGGAGGCGAUCCGCUUCCGGAGGCAACAUGCCGCUUGAACGAGUGCGAGUGCUAGAGGACAGAAGCUUACGGAUAGACGACAUCACAAUCGAAGAUAUGGGCGAAUAUAGCUGCGAGGCGGACAAUGCUGUCGGAUCUAUCACCGCAUCCGGUACAUUGGUGGUGCAUUCGCCUCCGAGCUUUCUGCUGCGGCCCAAAAAUCUGCUCAUCGAACCAGGAUCGGAAGCAUUGUUCGAAUGUCAGGCAACCGGACACCCACAUCCAACGCUGUUCUGGUCGGUGGAGGGCAACCGUACGCUGCUGUUACCGGGCAGCCGGAUGGAUAAUUUAGAGGUUACACAAAAUGCGGACGGUACCAGUGUGCUCUCCAUUACGCAAAUCGGUCGCAUGGACAAUGGCAAGGUGAUCGUGUGCAGUGCCGUCAACAGUGUCGGCAGCGUAAGCACGCGUGUUGUGUUGAGCGUAAAUCUUCAAGAUGAUCGGCCGCCGCCACUGAUUCUGCAGGGUCCAUGCAAUCAAACGUUGCCCAUCAAAUCCGUCGCUAUUCUGCCGUGCAGAGCGAGUGGCGUUCCAGCGCCGGUGAUAUCGUGGUACAAGGACGGGAUACCGGUGUUAGCCUCGGAAAAGAUAAACAUCACCGAAUCGGGAACACUGGCUAUCGCUGAGUUGAGCAAAAUCGAUGACAGUGGACUGUAUACCUGUGUCGCUAGCAGCAAAUCUGGCAAAACUACCUGGAGUGCAUUGCUGCGGAUUGACGUUCCAACCAAUCCCAACAUCAAAUUCUACCGUGCACCAGAAGCGUCGACGUUCCCCGGUCCACCUGGUAAGCCGCAGGUAACGAACAUAAACGACAGUUCCGUCACGAUCUCGUGGGCGAGAAGUAGCAAAGUCGGUGCAUCAAGCCUGCUCGGAUAUACGGUGGAGUUGUUUGGGCGUAACCAAACCGAAGGCUGGUUUCAGGUUGCAAAUCGUCUUCAAGACAAUAUCCACACCCAAACUGGCCUGAGCGCUGGUGUGACGUACUACUUCGUCGUGCGUGCCGAAAAUUCCCACGGCAUAUCAUCACCGAGUGCACUUUCAGAACCUAUUCUGCUCGGAAUGAGUGACAGUUUUGGUGCCGGGAUCGAUAUGAGCGAGGCGCGAGCAAGUUUGCUGUCAGGAGAUGUGGUCGAGCUCGUGAAUGCUACCGCUAUCGAUUCCACCUCAAUGAAAUUGGCUUGGGAGAUUAUUAAUGGAAAGUAUGUGGAAGGAUUCUACAUUUACUCACGAACCAUCACCACCGAUCGCCCAACCAACGGACAGUCGUACAAUAUGAUGACCGUUUUGAAUGCAGGUGCUUCGUCUUGUUCUGUGAGGGGACUGGAGAAGUACACGGAAUACGAGUUCUUUGUAGUACCGUUUUACAAAACAGUUGAAGGAAAACCAUCAAACUACCGGCUAGCAAGAACUCUCGAGGAUGUUCCAUCAGAGCCACCAUUCGGUAUGGAAGCUCUGCUUCUGAAUUCAUCUGCGGUUUACCUGAAGUGGAAAGCACCGGCUGCAUCGUCACAGAAUGGCAUCCUUCGCACUUACAACAUCAUUGUCCGUGGAGUUGACUUACGUACGAACUACUCGAAAGUGCUCAGCAAUGUCACGAUUGAGGCUAGCUCAUCGACCCUGUUGCUGGCGAACCUGACCGAAGGUGUUACGUACACGGUCAGCAUAGCCGCUGCUACUUCCGCCGGCAUGGGGCCUUUCAGCAAUCCCGCCACAUUGCGGCUCGAUCCAAUCACCAAGCAGCUGGAUCAAACGUCUCAUCGAUAUCCGAUCAAUCAUAACAACAUGGACGAUAUUUUGACGCAGCCCUGGUUCAUCGCGAUUCUGGGUUGCAUCUUAGUGCUCAUGAUGCUGUCGUUCGGUGCAAUGGUGUUCGUGAAACGUAAGCACAUGAUGAUGAAACAGUCGGCGCUUACAGCUUUGCGUGCUCACCCCACUGGAGGGGUCGUUAAGAUUCCACGCAACGAUAGCCUUUGGAUGAAUCCAUCCGGCAUGAUGUGGGGUUAUCAGUCGACAGGAAGAAGUAAAGACCACAUACAGGAUUACGCUCCUGUAGGUGCGACUUCCACACUGCCGUUAGAACAACAACAUCAACAAACGAUGCUGCAUGACAAUCGCAACCGCUAUGUUGAGUACACUGACUAUCCCAGCGAUUACGCUGAGGUAUCGACCUUCAAUCCGUUACCACACGAGGCCACGAACCAUCUUACCGCGCCAAUGGGCGGUAGCAGGGCACCGAGCGAGUAUGGUUCGGGCGGAACUCGAUCGCCGGCACCUUACGCUACGACCACGCUGAUUGGAAACUCGAGAUUUAUUACUGCUGCGGGUGGUGCAACCGGUAAUGAUAGUCACCUGCAUCACCUGUUACCUUCAACGGCAGCCGGUAAAAUGUAUUUCGACGGUGAUGCCUAUUCGGGCGGUUCGAUCACACGGGCACCGUCGGACAAUGACAGCGCGGGCUAUGGUCGAAACGCUUGUUCGGAAUCAUAUUUCAAUCCGAAGGAGAAAAUUAAUAUUACCGAGAACAAGCUGGCAUCGCAUACGAUGUCCAUGCUGGCGGCUAGUAAUGCAUCCGUGGGCGGUGGAUAUCAUCACCUAGUGCCGAGCCAGAACGGAAGCUCAAACGGUCAAAGCAGCGGUGCCAAUAGUGCCUGCAGUGCCAGCAGUGGUAGCAGCAACAGCAGCAACGGUACUGACGGUGGAAUCAACGGUGGCCGAUCCGGUGGCUCCGCCCAGCCGCUUCCUGCUGUCUCGACCCAGACGGCGAGGGUGCUGAGAAAUGGUUCCAAUAAAACUCGUUUCAAACUCUCCCGAACACCGAUCGUAAGCAGUUUGCGGUCCUCGGCGAGGCACGAUGCGAGGUCCAGUGAACAUGGUAAUCUGGCCAUCCACCAGCAGGAGCAGCAGAAGAAAAUGUCCUCGCUCAACAAUUUGGGACAGAAGCAGCAGUUCUACAUAAAAGUAGGCGAAACGGGAAUACCGGGCAGUACAAACAGUUGGAACCACUCCACAGCAAGCGCAAUGGCCAUGUCUAACCUGUACCAAAACGCCCACGCCACGAUGCCGCCCGGUGGUACCCACGGUGGCGAUCCCAAUGUGGUUGUCUACCUGCCCACCGGAAACCGCAGCGUCAUUAGCUAUCGUGCCGGUUCAGACGUGGGCGACGAUGUGUGAAGCUGGUGGAGUGACGGUUAUUUAUAAUAAUUUAUUCUAAACUGCAAUUAUCUGCAUGACCUGGAGAAGAAAGCUGACUGACGGUUAAACGCAAUCUCAGUGCCAUCAUCUCAUUACGUAACACAGAGAGCGUAGUGAGGGCGAGCGUCGUUCCUAGUUCCUAGUAUGUAAGAAGAUUCAAUGUUGUACCUAUUAGCGUAGGAUAAACGAAUCAGAAGAUAAGCACCGGCAACGCUUGUGUUUGAUUUCGACAAUGUUUCGCAUUGUGUCGGAUGGCGGAAUCAUACCGUAAAAAAAACACUCACAAAACCAAAACAAUGUACGAGCAAGACUGAUCCAUAAGCUUCCAACAUGUGGGAACGUGGGAACUGAUGGGCAAGGAGUAAGCGAAUAGUGAGGCCGUUCAUCAGGAAUCAGAAACCCUUUCAUACCUUCACAUACACCUACCAGUACUUCCAAUGAAACUCGAUGUAAAUAAAUUAGACAGUGACCACCAAUUAAAAUUCAUCCAACCGCAACGAUACGUGUUCCGGUAGGUUGAACCUGUAUGGCUUUCGGUAGAUCAACGAUGUGAACAAUGUGUAUGGUAAAAGAUAUUCGUUUUAAAACAGAAUCCAAUGGAAUGUUUGUCUCCAAACCUGGAAGCGGUUUUGUGUUGGUAUUAUUAUCGUUUUCUCUCUUCCUUUCUGCCUAUUUUUAAAUGUGGAUUAGAUUUGUUUUCCAAUAGGCAACAAGCUUCGGCUCGAAGCGCUUUGAUUAGACCGCUUUAGGUGUUUGUGUGCGGAGAUCAAACGUGCAUAUUAUAAAAGAGGCUUCGGAAUUAUUGUUUUAUAUCCUUUCUCUGACAAACAUAACACGAACACAAACACAAACACCAAGAACCAAAACAUUUUUGUUCCAGCCAACAGUACCCAAAAGAAUUUAAUUAUGCAUGUCAAAAUUAAGCAAGGAUAGAUCUCUGACAUACAGCUGCUUGAAGAGUGCAGUAGCUUCUCAUUGAUAAAUUUCUCCUAAUCCUCAAACAAUCUUGCUGUUGCAUUACUUUCGUCGUUACAAAACGCAUCGUUACCUUUCCAUGCACCUAGGCUAAAUCGAUUGUACAUAGGCAAGCAAAGCAAUAUUAUCCCUCCGAACUAUGAAACAGAAGUAACUGCAUCAAACCCACGGAAAUGUACGUAUAGAUAGGCCUGUAAUGUAGUACCUUUAUUUUUAUCGUUUCGAAAGAUGAUCAAAACAUAAGUACCCGGUGAGAUGUUGCUUUGAUUCUGUGUAUUUCAGUGCUUUAACGUUUUCAGGCAUACUACCCAGAACGACUGUACAUACAAUGCUGCAUAGUGUCAAUUGUAAAAUUAAUAAAGCAUACCCAAUAAAUUGAACCUUACCUGACGAGCAAUGGAAAGGAAAGAAAGUGAAUGAUGUUUGCGGAUGCACGUGUACAAUUUGUUGUACAGUUAUGUAAAUUAGCUUGUUGGUGUAAAGUAUAGACUAAGCUCAUCCUUCAACAUGUUUGAAAAUAACGGUUCAAAAAUAUCCCGCUUUACUUG